AUGGAAGAGAGCUUGUUAACAUUGCCAAAAGAAGCAAAAGAUUCAAGAAAUUUUAGUAGUACUAGUGCUACUACUACUUUGACAUGGGCUUAUUUCUUUAUUGAAGUGAAGAGGCAAUGUUACAUAGCAGGACCUAUGGUUGCCGUGAUUCUAUCCCAGAACUUGUUUCGCGUGGUUUCGAUGAUGAUGGUUGGUCACUUGGGUGAGCUAGCUCUCUCUAGCACCUCCAUUGCCAUCUCCCUCUCUGGAGUCACCGGCUUCAGUGUCUUUAUAGGAAUGGCCAGUGGACUGGAAACAAUAUGUGGGCAAGCAUAUGGAGCUAAGCAAUAUCAGAAACUUGGACUUCAAACUUACACUGCUAUAAUUUCUCUCAACUUAGUUUGUCUCCCCUUAUCUUUGUUAUGGAUAUAUAUGGAGGACUUGCUGAUUUUCAUGGGUCAAGAUCCUCUCAUUUCUCGCGAAGCUGGAAAGUUUACUAUCUGGCUUAUUCCAGCUCUCUUUGCUUAUGCAACUCUUCAACCACUCAUCAGAUACUUUCAAACACAAAGUUUGAUAACUCCUAUGCUCCUGAGCUCUUGCGCGACCCUUUUGUUCCAUAUUCCUCUCUGUUGGGUUCUAGUAUUCAAGUCUGGACUGGAUAACCUUGGAGGGGCAUUGGCAAUUAGUAUUUCAUAUUGGUUGAAUGUGAUUUUACUUGUAUUGUACAUGAAGUACUCUUCAGCUUGUUCACUAACCAGAGCUCCAGUUACUAUGGAAGUAUUCCAUGGAAUGAGAGAGUUCUUUUACUUUGCCAUCCCUUCUACAGUAAUGAUAUGCGUCGAGUGGUGGUCAUUUGAGCUGCUUAUUUUGCUUUCUGGGCUUCUACCAAAUCCAGCUCUUGAAACUUCGGUUCUGUCUGUAUGUCUCCAGACCAUUUCAACACUUUAUGCAAUACCUUAUGGCUUUGGUGCUGCAGCAAGUACUAGAGUUGCAAAUGAAAUGGGAGCUGGUAACUCAGAAGGCGCUCGUAUAGCUGCGCAGGUUGCAUUGCUUCUUGCAGUCACAGAGACAAGCAUAGAAACAACAACCCUCUUUGCCUUGAGGCAUUCGUAUGGUUACACAUUUAGCAAUGAGAAACAAGUCAUCGAUUACGUCAUAUCAAUGGCGCCUCUAGUGUGUCUGUCUCUUUCACUAGACAGCCUGCAAGGGGUCCUUACAGGUAUUGCUAGAGGAUGUGGGUGGCAGCAUAUAGGGGCUUACAUUAACCUUGGAUCAUUUUAUCUUUGUGGAAUUCCAGUUGCUGCAAUAUUGGCUUUCUGGUUAGAGCUGAGAGGGAGAGGCCUUUGGAUUGGAAUACAACUCGGUUCUUUGGUGCAGACCAUAUUUCUUUCUUUUGUAACAACUUGUACAAACUGGGAAAUGCAGGCAAGUAAGGCAAGGGAGAGGGUAUUCCAGGGAGGCUCAUCAGGAGAUGUUGGAUUCUGCCAUUGA